GAAUACUUCGUCCUAUCAUUUCACUUUAAUAUCUUAAAGCUCUGAUAUUAUGGGUGGAUACGAAAGUGACGCUGGUGAAAGGGAUGACAGGAGUGUUAGUCAUCGUAGUGAUCAUAGUAGAAGUAGUAGAAGUAGUAGAAGGGAUGGUAAUGGAAGUGACACUCAUUUGAGCACUAAGCGUGUGCCGCGUACAAGGGGGGAAGGGCCACCGAUCUCUAUGAAUACUAGAUAUCCUCGUUCUAAUGGGGGAUCUUCCUCGCAUGGUAGAAGCCAGAGCCACAACAGAGAUGCAAGUGGAAGUGAACUUGCGUCAAACGCAUCUGGUUCAACUCUUCGCCCCUCGUCGCGCAGGGGCGAAAGCCGUCACAGAAGUGACGAUAUUGCUUCGCAAGCAUCUGGUGCAACUCUUCGCUCCUUACAGAGCAGCAGAGUGGAUACUGCGUCGCAGGGUGGAGGAUCGUAUGCUUCUAAGCCACAUUCGGAAACUAGGAAGCGUUAUAAGCCAGAACCAAAUAGAGGAAGUGGGUAUGAGCAGGACUGGAAGGACGGACGAAAUGUAUAUCUAAUCAGCGAUGAUGACGAGCCGAGAAACCCUAGAAAAAGCGUUCCUAGAUCUGAAGCUUCAGGCCACACAGCCAGAUCCGUACGCGAAAUGGCAAAGCUGUCGGAGCAGACAAAACACCUGAACCUCGACCCCCAAGAUGACCCCCGCGAUAAAGUUGAAAAACUAAAAGAAGAACUUGUGGAUGCAGAGUGGGAAGCGGAAGUAAAAAGCAAAACUAGCGAAGGCAGGCACAGACGGGAUAGUAAUCGCCCAUCUGAUUUAAUUUCGAUAGCUACUGGAGAAGAUUAUAGCGGAAAAUCUCAGAGUAUAACAUCAUACGACGGAUCAACAACUAGUAACACCCGUUCUAAACAUCCACAUGGACGUCCUAGAUCAAAUGCUGACUAUAGUCGCUCUCAAACUUCCAACUCAUCGUACAAUGCUCCUCCUCCCCGAUCAUUUGCUUCUGGCUAUGCUCCCUCUAACACUCAAUCACAACCGCGCGAUGGUGCUCUUGAAGUAUAUCGUGGUUCCUAUGCUCCCUCUACGAGCGGGUCACAUGCAUCGCACCAUUCUUCUAGAUCACAUGCUAGGCAAUACCCGGAUCCACGCCGCUCUCCUCCACCCCGUCGAGGCCCGUACGUUGGUGGGCACCAUAAUGUCUUGGAACAUGCGGAAACGAAUAUAAAUAUGACGUAUAUCGGGGCCCCAGAUAUGAGUUUUAUGAAUGAGCCAAGUAAGAAAGAAAGGAGACGACAGAAAGAACACGAGCUACACAUGGAAAUGGUGAGAAAUAAUAUGAGACCACCUGUUAAAAAAACAAUUUGGGAUGAUUGAGGAGGGAUGACUGUGGUAGUGAUUAGUUGGGCUUAGUGGAAUUGGAGUGGGGCUAAGUACGAGUCGGAAUCAGGAAAAGAAACCCGCGAGGAAGAAUUGGAAAAUGGGAAUCGGGUGUGUUAUUAUAUCUAGAAGGAUUCUGGAAAGCAUCGUGGGAAUACCUCCACAUGACGGGGGUUUGGGCUCGGAAUUGUGAAGUCCUUGGUAGUGGGCGUCUUGGGUCGGGUUUGUUUCUCUUUGUUAGUUAGUGUCUCUCGGUUUAUAGAUUUGCUUUAUCUAAUUGGAGUUUGUUCUUGCUGUACAACGAGUUGUCAUUUAAUAGAACACAGAUAUGCGCUCUUGUCA